CAGCAUGGUAUUUUUGUGUUUCUGGUGCUGACGAAGAUUCUUCGAUGUAUCGGCAUAUUUUUUCUCGACAUUUUAGCAAAGGGAAUUCAUGUAGUUAGUCUGCUAUGGCUCGUUAAAUGCAUCAGCACUUCUCUUACCCAUCCAGAAACCUCUUUCACAUGGGCAUACUUUGAGGAAACCAACGUUUAUACGCAUUGGAAAAAUGGCAUUAGUCAAUUGUUUGAUAGAAGUGCUCUGGUUUUAUGGAAUCACCUUUUGUGGCCCUCUCAGGUCUGUGUGCUAGUUUUCGAGUUGAGCCCUUCUGUUUUGUUGGUAGCAUGGCAUCCGUUUUUAAGCCUUAUUUGCCACAUUUUGGUAAGUGAUCAUCAGGGAGGCAUAGCUAUUCUAUUUCUGGCGUUACUUCUUCGUAUUGGUUACGAUAAUUCAUUCCGUCAUCUCGCGGUUGAGAUUGGUGGACCCAAGCGACUGUACUCUCUCGUGACCACGUGUUCAGCCAUGAUCCUCACUCCUAUCGGAGUGCUUUCACUGGUUAUGAAGACGUCCGUCACUGACUCUCUUCUACAUUUCAUUAUUCUGCUUUUCAUAGCAACAGUUUUUGUUAUGGUUCUUGAUUUCUAUGCCGAAAGUGUAUGCUUCCAGCAUGUCGCUGACCCUGUAAUGGCUGCUGCUCGUUGGUCACCGGGGACAAUGUUCAGCUGUGCUCUUGGGUUGGCAUGGCUGUGGUACGCUGGUCAAGGAUUACAGGAACAUAUUGUGACUUCCGGCGUCAUCAUUACACUAGUGGUCGCCGAAGCACAGAGGUGGUGGCUGAUUGGGAUGUCCGACACUGGGUUGCCGCUUUUCGCAUAUAAAGAGGCUUUCCUUCAGAAAACAGGCCGUUCGCUUGUUCUAUUUUUCAAGGAGACUCUUCGCGAAAUUCUGGCCAACUCUGACUCCCGACGCAUAUUUUGGUUCCUAUGCGUCAAUCUGUCGUUCUGUGGCGUCGAGUUUCUUUACGGAUUCUGGACUAAUAGUCUCGGUCUCAUCUCUGAUGGAUUCCACAUGCUCUUUGACUGUUCAGCCCUUGUCCUCUCAGGAUUUAUCAAUGCGCUAUUCUUGUGUGUCAUUGCCUUAUUCAUUUUACUUGAAGCUCUUGAGAGGUUGUUUGAUCCGCCCAACAUCAACACUGAUAGACUUCUGUUUGUCGCGGUUUCGGGCCUGUUGGUCAAUUUAUUCGGAAUGUACUCCUUCCACGGUGGCGAAGGAGAUCACGGUCAUGGUCAUUCCCAUGGUGGUGGCUCUCAUGGACAUUCUCAUUCAGGAAAUGCAAACAUGGAAGGUGUGUUUCUUCACGUUCUGGCAGACACACUGGGCUCGGUUUUCGUUAUAAUCUCGACAUUGCUUAUCCAGUGGUUUGGAUGGACUUGGGUGGAUCCACUUUGCUCCCUGAUCCUCUCGGUUCUCAUUCUUGGAUCAGUGUAUCCCCUUCUCACAAGUAGUGUUAACACACUAUUGCAGAAUAUCCCAGACGACGAAGAAUUCGAACAUCAUCUAUGCGAGGCGUUAGAGGUUGAUGGAGUGAAGUCAUAUUCGAAAGCUCACUACUGGCAAUUGAAGAGUGAUCUGAAUGUUGCGUCGGUGGCAGCGCAACUGAGAGCAGCUGGUGCUACGCAGUGUUCUGUGCAGGUGGAGAAGGACUUCUUCACUCAACGAAUUCAACAGCUGUGCCCGUCUUACAGAUUUGGCCACAACGUGGCUCGAGGGACAACCAUUGCUCGUGAACGGAAGUCCCACUCGAAUCAUGGCCAUGGUCAUUCCCACAACGGUCACGAUCAUGGGCAUUCUCAUUAG